AUGGCGUCGAUCAGCAAAGAACGUUUACGGGAAAUGGAAGAAGAAAUGGACCGGUAAUUAUUCUUAGAUGCUUUAAUUAAUGAGAGUUAUAUUAAGAUGCGGAGGUUGCUUGCGCUUUCAUUGUUCAUGCCUUAUUAUUUGGUGUUAAAUUAAUAUAAUACAAACAUCUAUAGAAUCAGAACAUUGAACAUGUUUAUCCCAAAUAAAAAUCAACACUACACUUACACAUUUAAAUUUAUGAUUAUCAUUAACAUUACCUUCAUUACCUUAAAAUAUCGUUUAAAUUAAUUUAAUUAUACCUUCAAAUAGCCACUAUAAUUUUAGCUUUAGAUUUUAACCGGUUACAGCAGACCGUUGGUGCCAUGACGUAUCACAUGGCUGCCAUCUUGGUUUCCAUGCCCCUUGAAAUUUAUGGGUUCAUAGGUCGUGGCAAUCAAGGUGCCGUUUAAAAAUAAAUAACUUACGUCUGCUAAAAUUAGGAAUAAAACAUUAAAAUUUAAUAAAAAAUGUCCUGGUGCAUAAAUUUCGUGAUGAACAUAGCUACUUUAUUGUAUCCGUUUAGAUAGGGAUUUCCAAGGUCUCACGCGCAUGCAGUUUGCACAUACCGAAAAAUGCCGCAAAACUUUUGCGCCAUUUUAACAUUCGUCUCGGUGAUUAUCUCAUACUUUUGCGCUUUAGGUCACAGUUUUCUAAUUAUAAACUUAAUUUGUCAUCAGUCUAGGGGUGUGCCGGACCCCGGUCCGGAAUCCGGUUCCGCCGGAUUUUGCACUAUCCGGUGAAAUCCGGUUCCGCCGGAUUUACAUGUAUCCGGAACAACCGGAUUCCGGAAUAUACCGGAUUUCGGAAUUUGCCAGAUUUUGUGACUCACCGGAUCAUAAUCUGAAAUAAAAGUAAUUCUCUUUCCCGAAUUCCACACGAUCACGAUACAUUAAUCGAUUGUUUCGAGCGUUGAGCUUGUUUAAUGUUUAAUAUUCCGUACAUACCAGAGGCUAGAGUCAGCACCGCUAAUAGUGGCCAAUAGUGUAGGGACUUUGAUAAGAAAAUUUAAACUUUUUGUAAAAAUAAACCAAUGGCAUAGUUGAAAAGAUGUAAUUUUUUAAAGAAUUAUAACACCAAAAUCAUAUUUUUAGCUGUUGUAGUUUUAAAGUUAUGAAUUUUUAAAGUACGACUUGGUUUGUCAUUUUUUAACAUGGACUGCAUCUCCACAUUCUGUGAUCUCAUUCCGCCAAUCCCGUCAUGCGCAAUGACUAUAUAGUUUAUAUAAGGCAACGCAUUCCCUGCCUUAUCACUAAAAUACUGUUUAGACUUAGUUUAAACUUUCAACUUUGGCACAUGAAUAAUUAAUUAAAGCUUUCCCUGACCAAUGGUUUAAUAGUUUUUGCACACGGCAAACUCUUAUGAAUGAAACUCUGAGGUAGUACUACGAUACAGUUAUGCAAGUGGCUGUGAAUGGUUGCCAAUGACAACGUGUUGCACACGGUAAAUUCUGAUCAUUUAUAAUAUGGAUUCUACCGGGUUGUUAAAGCUCAAAUUAAAACAUUCCAGUUUAAAUGUCUUUAAAUGCAUUCUGAAACACAAGUUAUCAAUUAUUUUGAUGUAAAUAGUGAUAAUAAAUUAAUAUUUCCUAAGUAUCGUCAACUUCCGCCAUUAAAAAGGGGGGCGUGGCCAACCCCAUGGCGAAAUUAGGUUGAGCGAGCUGCAUAACCUGCUGCGAACGCGUAGAAACAUGGCGUCUCUCGUAAGACACUUAUCCAAAUGGAACGGAACUCAAAUAUAUAUCGAAAGUACUAAUUUAAUAAUAAAUAGACACACACAUCGGAAAAUUAAAAACUCGGAUUUUUUGGCGCCGAUUGCGAAUUCCCAUACACAAAAAGUAGUAGUCCACCUUGACUUACCGAAGUAUCUACCAAUAGUACCAAAAUCCGGAAUCCGGGAGAAACCGGAAUCCGGAUCCGGCGGAUUUCGCAUAAGAAAAUCCGGAUCCGGUUGGAAAAAACGGAUCCGGCACACCCCUAGACGUGUGCGCAUAUUUUUCCAAACACUGAUAUCAUUUUUGUAGCAUGGAAUAUCUGUGAGUGGCAAUAUAUUUAUCCUCGUGCCGGCAUGUACUUACCGUAUAUACUCGGAUAUAAGACAAAUUUAGAACUAUAAAAUACAAUACUGAAAUAUGCGCACAAAACAAAAUGGACACAAGGACAGUCACUAAUGCCAAUUUUCCAGCCACACAAAUGUAUAACUAUUUCUAAAUAUAUACUUCGUUAAUCAUUAGUUGUGAACAACUUAUGAGUGGAAGCUCAGAUAUUAUUAUAGCAAACAACGUGGAAAGAGCUCAACACGUUUUUGUGUCAUUCCAAAAGGUAAACAAACUGGUAUGUAACAUAAAAGUAAGCAUUUUACAUCUUUACAGUAACAAAUUUCUAUGAACCAAAAAUAUGGAGUAAAAUUAGACAAUUGUAUGGUCAGCUUAUAUGCGGGUUUUUGCAAAAACUGGCCAUUUUAAAGCAGUUUUAGGGGGUCGGCUUAUAUGCGAUGUAGGCUUAUAUGCGAGUAUAUACGGUAUUAGCUUAUUACUUUUUAAUGUCUAAUCAUACCACAUUGAAUUUUAUCGUACUGCUGCUUGAUAAAUUCACAAAGAGUAUAAUUUUAUUUCGUUAAAAAUGACCAUUUAACAAAAAAGUUAAGCAUUCUACUCCGUAACUAAAAAUGUUAAUUAUCACCAGUUAUCUCCCCUCUAAAAAAAAUGGGUUGUCCACUUAUGGAUCUUCUCAUCAAUUUAGUAUAAAAAUAUUUUCAUUAUUGUUCAUCUUUAAAAAUCUUUAAGCAUUAAACCUAGUCUAGAUAUGAGGCAAGAAGCGUCAAUGACCUGCGAUUGUGCCCUUUCCUCACGUUAUUUCAGCAGGAAUACAUGCAAAAAUAAUUCUCGUCUGCUAAAUUUUUAAACCCUAAAACUAUCCCUAAACCUAAUCUGGACCCUAAAACUAUUCAUAAAUCUAUAAAACUAUCACUACACCUAACCUGAAACCAAAAUUAUCACUUAACCUAACUUGAACCCUAAAAUUAUCACUAAACCUAACCUGGACCCUAAAAUUAUUACUUAACCUAACCUGGACCCCUAAAAUUAUCACUAAACCUAACCUGAACCCUAAAUAUAUCCCUAAACCUAACCAAACCCCUAAAACUUAACCUAGCCCUAAACUCUAAAGCCUACAACUAAGCCUACACCUCAAGUAAACCUUCAUGUAUUAUCCAACAAGCUAAAAAGGUAUGUAAUGAUACAUUUAUUUUGCAUGGAAAAUAAAGAUUUUGGCGCCUGUGGCGGGUGCCCACUUAACCCACUACUGCAUGAUCCAGCAGCAGGUGGAGGGGGUAUGAAAAUUUUAUAUUUUUUAAGGUACUAAUGUUAGGAAUGCGUUUAUGCAUAAUGACUAGGAUGUUUCAUUUUAUUAUUUUUUUAAAUGCUUUUUGAUGAUAGAGGUGGGGAGGGAAUGUAACUAAAUCAUUUAUGGAUGGUUCCUAAGUAAGAAAGUUCAAUGUCAUGCAUACAAUUAAUCUAAAACUCUAAUUUAGGUUUCAACAAUGAAAAAUAUAAUUAAAGUCACUUAAAGCAUUCUUUAUCCCUUUUAACUGGUUAAAAAAAUGCAAAGUGAAGAUUUGUUAAAAUUUUAAUAAAUAUUGAAAAAACAUCUGUUUAGGCUUAAAAAGAAAAGACAGGACAAUCAAAAUGCCAAUUCGGCUAAAUCUCUUCUUCAGGAGAGAAAACAAUACAAUAAAUAAUGUUCAAAGAUAUCAAUUCAAUGUAUUUCUAUAAGUCUUCAGAUUCUAUCAUAAUCCAAACAGAAUAAAUAAACAAAAUUUAAUGAAAAUAAAAUAUAUAACAGUUAUAAACCUAAAAAGAUGGAGGAACAAGUACAUACAAAUAGUGUCAGUCAACUGUAAAAUCCUAAAAUGAUGGAUCUUGUUCCAAUAUUUACUUUCUUUACAGAGCUUUACCACGGUCCCUCAUAUAGUAUCCUUUGAAGAUAAAAAAAUGAAGAAAAAAAUGUUAUAGAGUGACUUGUUAAUAAAAAAUCCUCUGAUCAACUUUCUUGUAUUUCUAUCAAUGAGGUGGAAAAGGCUUUUUGUCAAUAUAUAUGCAGUGUUGUUGGGUUGAAUAACACCCAAUAAAUGACCCAUAUCUUCUAAGGUUGAACUGAAUUCCUAUUUCAAUAACCUUUUAAUUGUCAACAUAUCACUGAGAUUAACGGUAGUACCACCCAAGGAUCCACUUAAAACUUAAAGAAUGGCACAGCCUCAUCAACAAAGUUUUUGAGCAAUACAUCAUCAACUGUUUGGGAGUAGGUAUUUACAAAAUUCUGAUGAUGUUCGAUAAAAGUGUGUGAUUUGUGUGACAAUUUUUCUAACAAUUUGGUGUGGGGUAAUAGUGGUCUAAAAUAUCAUGACAGUCAUUUAUGGAUGGCCCCAUAUUCCUACUCUUCAAGUUUCUUGCUCUUCCAAGGUCAUUAUGUGCCUAUUGCUAUCAUCAAACCUAGAAAAUUUUUUUAGAUGACUCAUUAAACUUUAAACAUAAAAUCAUCACCUGCACUUUUCUUUUAAAAUUAUAUUAAUUAAAUUAGUGUCUUUUCAAUCUUAUAUUUUCCAGCUUUGAGGCGGAGAUCCAGGCACCCGGGGGUCCACCAGUCCAUUCACGGGGUUUCAUCCUGGGAGCAAACACAUUUGACAGAGUUCAAGCUCAGUUAUCUUCAAUACGACAAGAGUCUACUCGCCUUCAACAGCAAAGAAUCAGACCUGAUGACAACGAUGUAGAUGAUGGAAAUCAUUACGGCGAUGAAGAUCUCAGAAAUCUUAGUGGGGAUUUUAGAACUGCUCAUAAAAGAAAAUACCAUGGCGAUGAUGAUGAUGAUGAUGAUGAGGAGAAUGAAUAUCAUGACAUAGAUGAACGCCCAGGAAGACCACAGGGUCCCUUGAUACCUCCCCCCCCUCCCCCUCCAGCCAUGCCCAGCAGACUCCCACCAACACAGGGCCCCCCUCUUCUAGGAGACAUGUCUGUAGUGAACAGUAGGUGUAAAUUAUUCAACUACCAGUAUUAUUGCCAGUCCUAAAUAAUGUGUAUACAUUUAUAGAUUUAUAGUAUACCAUAUAUUGAUUAAGCUCCAUACAAAAUAUUGGAACUGGCAAAAAUCCUCUCUUUUUUUUUCACAAGUUAUUUUCUUCCUCUAGAUUUUUAGAAUUAAACAAAAUAUAAUAUUGAGUUUGAAAAAUGAUAUUUCUGGAAUUCCAUUUUGUUCAUAAUUUUCUGCACACCUUCACAUGAAGGACAGUUGCACCCAUUACUGCAAUGAUAAUGUAAUGUGCCAGUUAAAAAUACAUGAUCAAUUUCAUGGACUUUUAGUUGUGCAGUUUGAGUUUUGGAAACAGUAUGAUGAACGAGACUAAAAUGAUAUUUGACUGAGUUUAUACAUUGAAAUAUUUGUAUGAAAAUCCCCCUAGAAAUGUAUGUUAGAGGUAAAUGUCAAAUUAAAAAGAAAAAUGAAAAAAGAAGCCUAAUUAUUUAGGACUGGAUAUUGGUAUCCGAUAUUUAAUUUUAUAUAGUUUUCUGUAUGUCAAAUAAGAAGUCAAAUUGGCACCUUUAUGAUUUACAAAUUACUCUAUGUUUAUAAUGCUUUAAAAUGAGCAUAUUUAUGUGAUCCUUUUUGGCAAUUCAAUUAAUUUUCUGACCACACCCUGGAUUUGAAAGAGUAUUAAGAUUUUUUUUUUUUUUUUUUUCAUUGUUUGCCCCUCCUCCCCCUCCCCCCCCCGAACCCGAAGAGUUAGCUUAGGGCUCCACAUUGUCUUUCAAGCCCUACGCCCCUGGUGAAGAUUUAAAAUGAGCAUAUUUAUGUGAUCCUUUUUUGCAAUUCAAUUAAUUUUCUGACCACACCCUUGAUUUGAAAGAGUAUUAAGAUUUUUUUUUUUUUUCAGUGUUUGCACCUCCUCCACCUCCCCCACCCGAACCCGAAGAUUUAGAUGAGGGCUCCACAUUGUCUUUCAAGCCCUACGCACCUGGUGAAGGUCCGUCCGUCCCCCGACCUGCAUUUAUGCCGCCUCAGUUACGACACAGACUGCCCCCGCCUGGUGGCCCCCGUCCACCUUUCCCUAGGCCACCCAUGCGAAUGGGUGGACCGUACGGUGGCCCGAUGGGACCUCCGAGACACAUGAUGGGGCCUGGUCCAAAUAUGGGCCCCAUGGGACCAGGAAUGAUGGGGCCCCAGGGACCACACAUGGGAAUGCCAGGUGGCCCAAUGGCACCGCCAGGCCCACCAGGAAUGGAAGGAGGAAUGCAGUUUAUGAACCAAUCUAUGGAUGUAAGUCUCUUAAACUAGUUCUGAUGUAACUUACCUUGUUUGGGCCAUGUAGGACCUAAAACAAGGUUAUGAUGAAUAAUAUGAUCCACUUAGUAUCAGCCCUGGUUAUAAUUACAAAUAUCUUGCCGUAGUAGUUUUUGUUUUUGGUAAAAAAAUCCAUUAUAAUGCAGUUGAUUACAUGAGGUCACUUUUGGUCACUGUCGUUUUUACCAUAAUGAACAAAGGACUAUACUCAAGCUGUGUGAAGGAAAUAGUAAUAUGGGGAAGCGUGAAUAGAAAAACAGGAAAUUAAGAGAACUUUUUGGCCAAGAGCUGAAUAAAUUUAUACGGAGAUUGCAAUUAUUGUCGCAGUAAGAAUGGUGAACACUUGUUUUUCUUAAAAACUAGCUUCUAUUUCUUGUCAUAUUUUCAUUUGUCCUGUCUGCCGAGGAAGGCUCUGGUCCAGAACAUUCCCUUAUUGUCCUGUCUUUCAAUUCAAGCUUCCACACACCCAGAGCUACUAUUUCCUUCUUUUGGCCCAAUCUCCACAAUAAGUUGCGAGAAAUGAUCUAACCAGCCCUAAAAUCUGCCAUUAUCUAUGACUAUCAUAUUUAUUCAAUUUUUAUUAUAAUAGUUACAUGCCACAAGUGCACGAAGAAGCCAUUAUUAAAUAUAUCUAAUCCCACAGAUGAUGAUGAAGCCACUGGUGAUAGAGCAGCCAAAAGUGGUCUACUCAGCAGCUCCUGUCAUCAAUGUUGAUAGAAAGAAAGAUGAUAAAAAAAAGAAGAAGAAAAAGAAAGCCAAAGCAGGUGGUGAGGGCCCAGAGGAAGGAAAAGAUAAAACAGGUUUGUGUCAUGAGAUGCUUUGAUUGUGAUUGUACAUUCAGCACACCAUAGUUGACUGACUGUGAUUGUACAUUCAGCACACCAUAGUUGACUGACUGUGAUUGUACAUUCAGCACACCAUAGUUGACUGACUGUGAUUGUACAUUCAGCACACCAUAGUUGACUGACUGUGAUUGUACAUUCAGCACACCAUAGUUGACUGACUGUGAUUGUACAUUCAGCACACCAUAGUUGACUGACUGUGAUUGUACAUUCAGCACACCAUAGUUGACUGACUGUGAUUGUACAUUCAGCACACCAUAGUUGACUGACUGUGAUUGUACAUUCAGCACACCAUAGUUGACUGACUGUGAUUGUACAUUCAGCACACCAUAGUUGACUGACUGUGAUUGUAACGUUAGGACAAUAUUUUCCUUUCUGUUUUACACUUGUGUUUAGGACCUCUGUAAUUGUUUCCUCUGUUCUCCAUAGUUGAAGAUUCUAACAAAUAAUUGUAUUUUCAUCCAGUCAACAAAAAAAUUCAAUACUGCUGACACACAUUCAUUUAUUAAAUCAUUUUAACAAAGAACUGCUGCUGAAAUUUUGCACAGAUGUUUCUAUCAGGUCGAAGGGCACAUAGUGGCCGAUGGAUAAUGAUGACAAAGAAACAAUUCUGUAAUUUCAAAAUGUCAACUUGCUUCAGUUUAGUUGUGACAUGUUAUUAAACAUAUCUUAACCAGGGAUUUUCAAACUUUGCCAUUGUCCCAAAAUAUAUAUGUUAGGGCAGACAUAACCCAAAUUGAUUUAAAAGUAAGAACAUCCUAGAUAAUUUCAAUUUAAAGUGUUUAUUUGAUCAAUUUAUACUUUUGAACGCAAUUAUACAUGUAAGAUACUGUUUGGGUUAAGUCAUUGAUUUCUCUGCUUGGCUUUCAUGUUCAUUAGAGUGAAAAAUCCUUGUUUGCAAAGGUUGUUUGUUGCAAAGUGCUGCAACUUUUUGACUGCCUCAUCUAGAGCAGUUAUAACAGUUGUGAAAGCUAUUGAGUCCUUUGAGCCCUUAAGAGCAUGAGUGUUGUCAUCACUAAAGUCUGGGAGCCUGUUAACACAGUUAUUACUUCAACUGCAUUAUUUAAAUUUUCUUUGUUUUUGUUGUUUCCCAUAGGUCAGCCCAGCAAAGAAUCGGGCACAUCACAUGUAUCGAAUCAAGGGACAACAGCCACAACCGCUGAAAAUGACGA